AUGAAGCAUAUGGAUAAGACAUGGAUUUGGCUGCCAAGGAAUAGUCACGAGUACUCAGAAGGAGCAAUUAAUUUCGUGAAUUCAUCAGCAAGAAGAUUGGGAAACCUGUCUGAAAUGCUAUACCCUUGUAGAGACUGCCGCAAUUUAUGCCAUCAGUUACUCAAUAAAAUAGUCGAGCAUCUAGUGAUUAGGGGUAUGGAUAAGAAGUGGCCGAAUCAGACGAAUGACAAUGCGGUGGAGACAAAUGAUGAUGAUGAAGCAGCAGAGGAAACUGAAUUUCGGAAAAAGUUAAGAGACGCUGAAACGCCAUUGGACUCGGAUUGUAUCAAACACACAAAGGUUUCAGCAAUCAUGGGACUUUACAGAUUCAAGGACAUGCUACCUGAAGACAAUGUUCUUCCGAUGAGUAUGGAUGCAAUCAAGAAAUUUUUGAAGAUAUUUGGUUUCGGCUACGACAAUAUUCAUGCUUGCAAGAAUGAUUGCAUACCCUAUAGGAAGGAGUUUGAGAAGCUAGAAAGCUGUCCAAGAUGCAAAGUUUCGAGAUGGGAGAAGGAUAAGAACAACAAUGAGUUAAAGGUUGGGAUUCCAGCUAAGGUCCUUAGAUAUUUUCCAAUCAAGGACAUACUUAGGAGGAUGUUUAGAUCAAAAAGGAUGGCUGAAGAUCUGCGUUGGCACUAUACCAAUGCCACUGAAGAUGACUUUACUGCUGAACCAAGGAAUCUUCGACUUGGAAUUUCUACAGAUGGGAUGAACCCUUUCUCCAUGCAAAACAUCAAUCACAGCACAUGGCCAGUGUUGUUAGUGAACUACAACACGCCUCCAACUAUGUGUAUGAAGGCUGAGAAUAUAAUGUUGACUUUGUUGAUCCCUGGUCCAACAGCUCCUGGUAAUAACAUAGAUGUUUACUUAGCACCAUUGAUAGACGAUUUGAAAGAUUUUUGGGCUGAGGGUAUUGAAGUCUAUGACUCAUUUGCGAAGGAGAAUUUCACACUUAGAGCCUUGCUGCUUUGGAGUAUCAGUGACUAUCCAGGCUUAGGAACAUUGUCUGGAUGUAAAGUGAAGGGGAAACAAGCCUGCAAUGUAUGUGGAAAGGAUACACCUUCUAGGUGGCUUAAGUUCAGCCGUAAGUUUGUCUAUAUGGGAAAUAGAAGGAGACUACCGCCUGGCCAUCGUUACAGAUAUAAAAAAGCUUGGUUUGACAACACUGUUGAGGAAGGGAAUGCCAAUAGGAUACAAACUGGGGCUGAAAUAUAUGAGACACUACAAGCUUUUAGGAAUGAUUUUGGAAGACCUCUAGAUAAGAAAAGUAAAAGAAAAAGAUCAGAGUUGGAAGAUGAUGAGAUGGUUCAAGAAGAAGAGUGUGAGGAAUCAAAUGAUCUCUGGCGGUGGAAGAAGAGAUCAAUAUUCUUUGAACUACCUUACUGGAAGGAUAUGCCGGUUCGUCACAAUAUUGACGUUAUGCACGUUGAAAAGAAUGUGUCGGAUGCUAUAUUGUCUAUCUUGAUGCAAAGUUCAAAGUCAAAAGAUGGUUUGAAGGCAAGAAAAGACUUAGAAGAUAUUGGAAUCAGAGGUCACUUGCACACAGAGAUUAGGGGUUCGAAAACAUACUUACCUCCAGCAGCGUAUUGGUUAUCCAAGAAAGAGAAAACCAUUUUCCUGCAAAGGUUAUCUAAGUUUAGAGGUCCUGAUGGUUAUUGUGGUAAUAUUGUGAAUAGUGUUUCAGUUAACCCUCCAAAUAUAGGUAGUUUAAAGUCGCAUGAUCAUCACGUGCUAGUACAGAACUUGUUACCAGCUGCAUUAAGAGGGUUGUUACAUAGGGGUCCUAGGAUUUCCAUUAACAAAUUAUGCAGUUACUUCAACAGGUUGUGUCAACGCAUCAUUGACCCGGAGAAACUUAUAUCAAUGGAGACAGAGUUCGUGGAAACAAUGUGUCAGCUGGAGCGCUUCUUCCGUCCAUCCCUUUUUGAUAUCCUGUUCCACCUUCCAAUACAUCUAUCAAAAGAGGCACGCUUGGGAGGACCAGUUCACUUCCGCUGGAUGCAUUUGUUAAGAAUUAUGCAAGGCCAGAAGCAUGUAUGGCUGAGGGGGUAUUUAGCUGGAGAAUGCGUUGCAUUUUGUUUAGAGUUCCUUAAAGAUUCAGUACCAGUUCAAGAAGCAGUUAAUCGUAAUGAAGAUAUCGAGGCUGAUAAAGUCGUGGUUGAAGGUCGACCUCUGCAGAAGGGAGUAGAGGUUACCCUUUUAGAUAAAGAUACAGACAUUGCUCAUCACUAUGUGCUAAUGAACAUGACACUAUGGAUCUAUUUGGUUAGUAAAAGGAUGCAUUUGGAAGAAUUACAGGCUAAUGAUGCUCGAUGUACAUUCAGACUCAACAAAUAUAGUCAUUCGAAUGAGAUAAGGUGGUUGGCAUUUGGACCAAGAAAUGUUGCUUUAGCACAUAAAGGAUUUAUCAUCAAGGGCCAGCGGUUUCAUUCGGAUGCAGUUAAGCGGAAGACUCAAAACAGUGAAGUAACUUAUGAAGCAUUUAGCAUGUGUAGAUCAAGUGCUCGAGAUAUGAGACAAGUUGCUGACACGCUUACAUAUUAUGGAGUGAUAAAGAAGAUUUUACUUUUGGACUAUCACAUGUUCAAAGUACUGUUGUUUAGAUGCAAUUGGGCGGACACAGGGCAUGGUGUGAAGGAAGAAGAUGGUUUCACUCUUGUUAAGAACCAAGCAUCUUAUCUGAAAGAUCCGGAAGAUGAUAAUUCUAAUUGGUAUGUUUUUAUGAGAGCACCACCUAGAGGCUAUCAUGAGUUGGAAACAGAAGAGGAUUUAGGUGCUGCACCUUUGCCUGUCCAAGAAGUCGAUGAUCUGGGUGGUGAAGCUUCUGAUGAUGAUAGUGUUUAUGUUAGGGAUGAUAGUGAAGGAUUGUUAGUGGUAGAUUGA